UUCCGGGUUAGGAAUAAGCAGAGAAGUGUCCAUCCGUCGGAAUCGAUCGGGGUAUUUCUUAACGAAAGCUUUUUCAAGUUCUUUUUAGCUGUCAUCGACGCAAGAAGAAUGCGGAACAUUUCUACCGAGAGGCUGCAUCCAUCGAGGGACACAUGGAUGACCGGCGCAAUGCGGAGGAAAUCUGCAAAGGAGAGCACUUCUACAAGUGACGGCCUGGUGUUGGUGAGUUCUAGCACGGGGAGAGGGUCCAUGGCGCCUUUGGGGAUCUGUUUGAGCGUUCCCGGGAUCGGGAGAAUUUCCCGGAGGUGA